AAAUUAUGGUAAAUGCAAACGAGUGGUUAAAUAAAACAAUUCCAGCGGAUAAAAGAGAGCAAGCAACAACUCUUUACAUCUAUCGCAAAUGCCAAUGUAACAUAUCAUUUUCGACAGAAUCACCUCGAUUCUCGACAAAACCGUCUGGAUUCGGAUUUGAAGAGACAUCGCCUGGACUUGGAUUUGGAACGACGUCCGUAACGACAUCGCCUGGACUUAGAUUUUUUGGGUUGCCCGUAACGACAUCGUCUGGAUUUGGAUUUGGAGCGACGCCCGUAACGACGUCGUCUGUAUUUGGAUUUGGAGCGACUUCUGUAGCGACACCGUCUGGAUUUGCGAAGCCCGUAACGACACCGUCUGUAUUUGCGAAGUCCGUAACGACAUCGUCUGAAUUUGGAUUUGGAGCGACUCCUGUAACGACAUCGUCUGGAUUUGGGUUUGGAGCGACUCCUGUAACGACAUCGUCCGGAUUUGGAUUUGGUCUAUUUGGAUCUGCAAAAACAUGUCCAGAACCGCCUGCACCUAGACCUAAAUUAUUCGAACCCGUCACGACACCGCCUGAAGAAACUGAAAGACCUACUAUGGAAGAUAGUAACAAUUAUUGUCAAAGCUGUAAUGCUAAUGAUCAAGAUAACUAUUCUCGCGCUCCAGAUUAUUGUUUUUAUAAUGUCAUUUUGGAAGGAGAAUUAGAUCUUAAUGACUUUAUUAAUUUGCAGAUAUUAUAUAUCGAAGGUACUGAGCAGGACAAGAAACAACAACAAAAAUUAACUAGUUUAAAGAUUGAUAAAUGUAUUAACUUGAUUCAUGUUACAGUUAAUAAUACUACUCUUGGUUGUUUAAGUUUAGGCAUUAAACCAAAAUUACAAUCUACAAAUUUCUUAGGCAACAAACAACUUAUUUUUCGUGACAAUAUAUUUAAAAAUCAAGUAGAAAAAUUGUCCAGUUUGAUUCUAAAUACAACGAAAAACGUUAGUCUUAAUGAUUUAAGAUUAGAAAUUAAGAAAAUCGAGGAGGAAAACUUAAA